AUGUCAGAGAUUAACCCAAUGAUCCCCAUUGGAGAUGUAAACCCCACAGGCACCUCUCAUACACUGAGUGCCUCUCAAUUGCAGGACAUCAUACACAUGUCCAUCCAGGCUGCAUUGGCAUCCACCACCCCAUCCGCUUGGACGCUACAGCCCACUAACAAUAAUACAGUACCAUCCCAACAGGAUGAACCUCCCUCAAAAAAGGGAAAAUCCUCACAUAAGAGGAAGCACACUUUGGUGGUGCAUGACUCCCCGGCAGGGGAAGUAAACAAUUUGCAUCAGGUAGCCCCCACCACGGUCUACCAACCUCAGCAUCAGUCCGAAACUUCUCGACCCCUGGACCCCAGGGAGACUCAAAAGGGGUAUAGAGCCUCUAGGAGGGCUAAGCCGGACUCAUACAUUGAUUCCUCGGAGGACGAUUCAGCCGAUCCCUCUCAGGGAUCAGACGUAUCAGACGCCGAAUCAUACGUAGAGGAUGCUGGGGCCACGGCGCUUGACACAGCCGCCAAUCCUGCCACGCAGGACCAAGUCCUUCUGGACGCACUUGGGGAACCUUUUUUCCACCCGGACGCAAUCACCCAUCCGCGUUCGGGGGAAUGGACCCCACUGCCACAUGUGGCAGAAUACGUGGAAUUAUGGGCCAGGAAGUCUUUAGAUAGGACUGCCCGCAACAAAUUGAGGGCUGAAUGCCCUAGACCCUCCAUACCCAAAAAAGUGGUAGCCACCCCGGAGGUGGACCCGGUCCUAACCAAGUAUCUCCUUAAAACGGGGAAGUUUCAGAAGAAGGGUAUUGAACGAUCAUUUCGCUCAAUACAGGACCGCGUCCUGGACCUCAUGGGUCCACUUACUAAGAUACUCAAUUUGUCCGAACAAGCUGCAGCUUCGGGACAACCUGUUGAUCUCCCACAACUAAGGGGUUGGGCACAAAGAGCCCUAUGCCUAGCCGGCACUGCCAACACGGCAUGCUCCGUGGAGCGGCGCAGAUCCAUCCUCAUGCGCCUUGACCCCCAGCUUUCACAUCUGGCGGAAUCCGAACCCGGCCCAUCGGCUGAGGGCAUGCUUUUUGGUGACAUGGUCAUCAAAGACAUUAAUAAAUUUGUAGGCUUAUUCACCAGCCUAGACAAGGCACAGAACUCCUUAAGGAGGACAGGAACCAAUAAGGUUUUCAACAGGGCCGGCAGAAGUAGAGGCCGUUCUGCCGGCCGUGCCAACUACUAUAGGCCACAGGGUAGAACACCGGCUCAGUACCACUACCAGGCUCCAUCCUACACCCCACCUGUGGCUCAACCGGCGCCCUUUUUUCCUCCCAGAGGCAGACCUUGGCGCGGACGUGGAGGACGCGGUUAUCCUCGAUCCCGACCUCCUACUGGCUACUGAAGCUCCGCGUACGUCCUUUCGACGGACUCUUCAGUUUGGAGGAUGAGGGACUCCCAUCUUUGUACUGAUACACAGUUUCUACUUUGAGAUUCCCUGUUGGGAUUGGUCGUUCCUGGAACCCCGUUGGGUUACGGUCAGUGGUUAGCUGCUCCCUGGGAGCUGUUGGACGUCGACCGGCUGGUCUGGACUCCGAAGUUACACCUCUGUCCUACGUUGAUACUGUUUUUUCCUCUAGACAUCAUCGCAUAAAGAAAGAGGAAGAACCACCGCAGACAGUCCCCUUUUAUGGAGGUCCCCGUAGGGGCGUGGUUAGAGACUGUAUGGACUGCUGGGGGUGGUAGUUAUUUUGAAAAGUUUUUUACAUUGAAGUUUUGUAGAAAUACAUUCUGCUGUGAGC